GUAGCGCGGGGUCAGGGUUGACGCCCCGCCCUCCUCGCGGGCAGCGAUGGCGGCGCCGUGCUGGGCCCUGGCCGGGCUCCGAGCAGGGCUCCGGCCGCGGCGGCUGCCGGCGGCGAGGCGGUGCAGCGGCGCCCCGUCGGCGGGAGCGCCGGGCGCGGGCACCCUCCCAGAGCAGACGGAGGAGCGGGCGGGCGCCGGCGCGGCGGCUCCCGGCCCCCGGCAGGUUCCUUCAGAGAAAUCGGAAUCCUUUGCAUCCAUGUUGAGACGCUCUCCUUUAAUUCAGAUGGGACCUGCCAAAGAUAAAAUUGCCAUUGGUCAAAUAUUCCAUGUUGUAGGUGAUGAUCUUUAUAUAGAUUUUGGUGGCAAGUUUCACUGCGUGUGCAAAAGACCAGAAGUAGAUGGAAAAAAAUAUCAGAGAGGAACGCGAGUACGCCUGAGACUGCUGGAUCUUGAACUCACGUCUAGGUUCUUGGGCGCAACAACUGAUACAACACUGCUGGAAGCUGAUGCGGUGCUUUUAGGGCUUGUGGAAAGCAAGCAAGCAAAGUAAAAGGAGGAAAUUUCAUGUAAAUAAAUGCACUUUGUGCUCUAUAGCAAAUUAUACAAAUGAAAUGUUUCCUCAGGAAAUAAAUGAAAAGUGUCUGUCUACUUGGUUAUGUAAAUGAGAUCAAUAAAAGACAAUAAGCACAUUGUACCUGA